AUGUCAACGGCGUCUCCAGACUUCAACUCUUCCUACCCUUCUCGCUGGUCUUGGUAUCUUCCAGGGAGCCAGAAACCCAGUUACGACUCCCUUGGCGAUGUUCUUUUGAUCCUGAACCGACGAAUCACUCCAUCUGCACUCGGCCAUGACGCGGGAACAGAACCCAACAAGAAGGAUGAACAUGAAGGCAUGCGGCCUGAAGGCCUUGAUCGGCCAUCCAGUGAAGGAUCACUCAUAGAGUCACCGGUGCCCUGCGGGACUCAAGAGAUCGAAGCCAAAGUGUCGUCCAAACAUCUCUCGAUGGCUUCACGGGUUUUUCGCGCCAUGUUCGAUGGUAAAUUUCAGGAAAGCGUCGUGCCAGGAUGCAAUCAAUUGUCCAGAGUACCACUGCCCGAAGACGAUGCUGAUGCUAUGAUGGUCUUGCUGGGAAUCAUACAUGGACUGAACAGGAGCGUCCCUCGUACAAUCGACUAUGCGUUGUUCUUUGCGAUUGUGGUUCUGAUUGACAAGUACGAGCUUCAAGAGGUUACAGGAGUGUACACAGAUCUCUGGUUCCCAAGUCUAUGGCCGCAUCGUGACACUUCGACUCCACAUAUUGCCGACUGGAUCUACAUCUGCUGGGUUCUCAAGAGACCGCCGGAAUACAAUGAGCUUACGAGAAAAGCCAUCUUCGCGUGUCAUUCUCGCUUUGACGACAACGGACUCCCAUUGCCACCGGCAAUUUCGAAAGACCUGCUCACCUACCUGAACAAGACCCUUGAAACAUAUCAGGGCGAAAUACAGCAAUGCUCACAAAACACAAAUUGUGACGCCCUCGUCCUCGGUGACCUUGUCAGGAAACUGAAGGCCAAGGGUCUUUAUCCUGUUCCCCAAGCUGCGGCUCUGGACGUGUCUCUCUGGGAGCUUUUUUCUCAAUUGCUGGAAUUGGCAGUCUCCACGUUGUGUGAGAUACAAUCGCCGCCACAUACACAGUCAUCCUUUGGCAUCGCCCCCGCUCCGCCAGUUUGCGGUAUCGAGAAAAGUCUUAAAGAGAAAAUAUUCCGGCUCCGGGGCGGAGUGGCAGGUCUGACAUUGCCUAUCUACACUCCAUCCAAUCUUUGGACAGGGAACAAAAAAUAG